AUGGAGAUCGCGCUGGUGACUCUGGAGAACGGCGGAACCACGGCCAUCGCGGGCGGCGACGAUGCCGCGGCCGCCGGCGACCGGGCGCGCUGGCGGGGCAACUUGCUGCACCUCGCCGGCUCUCCCCAGCUGAGCGACGGCAAGGAGAGCGCCCCGCCGGGCCCGCCGCCCGCGGGGGACGAGGAGCGGGAGCGGCCCCCGCCGGGUCCCCGCGCAGGAGGCGGCGGCGCGGGCGGCCCCGACGAGCGGCCGGCGGAGCCCCGCGCAGCCCCCGCGCCCCCGCCGCGGCCGCCGCCCCGCGCCCCGCGCCCCGCCGCGGACAUGGGGCCGCCCGAGGAGGGGGGACACCGCCGGGGCAUGGCCAUGGCGGCGGCGGGCGACGAGGAGGAGGAGGCGGCGGCGGCGGCCAACUCGGGCCCCAUGCACCACCAGCGGGUGCUGAUCAACAUCUCGGGGCUGCGCUUCGAGACGCAGCUGGGCACCCUCAACCAGUUCCCCGACACGCUGCUGGGCGACCCCGACAAGCGCAUUCGCUACUUCGACCCGCUCCGCAACGAGUACUUCUUCGACCGCAACCGGCCGAGCUUCGACGGCAUCCUCUACUUCUACCAGUCCGGGGGCAAGCUCCGCCGGCCCGUCAACGUCUCCAUCGACGUCUUCGCCGACGAGAUCCGCUUCUACCAGCUGGGCGAGGAGGCCAUGGAGCGCUUCCGAGAGGACGAGGGCUUCAUCAAAGAGGAGGAGAAGCCCCUGCCUCGCAAUGAGUUCCAGCGCCAGGUCUGGCUCAUCUUUGAGUACCCCGAGAGCUCCAGCUCAGCCCGGGCCAUCGCCAUCGUCUCAGUGCUGGUCAUCCUCAUCUCCAUCAUCACCUUCUGCCUGGAGACCCUGCCCGAGUUCAGGGACGAGAGGGAGAUGCCCGUACCCCUGCCCCCCCAAGGAGGAGGUUUGAAUGGCACGCCCGGGGACUCCCCACCCAUGCAGCCACCGAGUAGCCUGGCUGAUCCCUUCUUCAUCAUCGAGACCACCUGUGUGAUCUGGUUCACCUUCGAGCUCCUUGUGCGCUUCUUCGCCUGCCCCAGCAAGCCCGAGUUCUCUCGCAACAUCAUGAACAUCAUCGACAUCGUGGCCAUCAUCCCCUACUUCAUCACCCUGGGCACCGAGCUGGCCCAUGAGCAGCAGCAGCCCGGGGCUGGCAGCAGCAAUGGGGGUGGGGGCCAGCAGCAAGCCAUGUCCCUGGCCAUCCUCAGAGUCAUCCGCCUGGUCAGAGUCUUCAGGAUUUUCAAGCUCUCCAGGCACUCCAAGGGGCUGCAGAUCUUGGGACAGACUUUGAAAGCCAGCAUGAGGGAACUGGGUCUCCUCAUCUUCUUCCUCUUCAUUGGGGUGAUCCUCUUCUCCAGCGCUGUCUACUUUGCUGAGGCUGAUGACCCUGAGUCUCAUUUCUCCAGCAUCCCUGAUGCGUUCUGGUGGGCAGUAGUAACCAUGACUACCGUGGGCUAUGGGGACAUGAGACCUGUCACUGUGGGGGGCAAGAUUGUGGGCUCCUUGUGUGCCAUUGCUGGUGUGCUGACAAUUGCCCUGCCUGUACCUGUCAUCGUGUCCAACUUCAACUACUUCUACCACCGAGAGACUGACCACGAAGAGCAGGCUAUCCUCAAAGAUGAACACAGUAGUGCUCAGGGCAGCACUGGCGGGGGGGAAGUGAAGAGAAGACCCAGUAAAAACUCUCUAAACAAAUCUGUUGUGCACUUGGAAAACAGUGAGGAGUUCAACAGUGGCACCAGCUCCUUAGAGAAAGCCAAUAUCAAAGCGAAAAGUAACGUAGAUCUCAGAAAAUCCCUCUAUGCUCUCUGUCUGGACACCAAUAGGGAAACAGACCUGUGAGGAAAGGAGACAAUUAGA